GCCCGCCGCCGCCGCCGCCCCCCCGUUCUCCAAACAAAGUUUGUGCCGCUAGUGGAGGCUCAGGCUGCGCGAUUUAUGAGAGUCCUGCCAGCCAUCUUCUGAGCUCGGCUUAGAUCUCGCGAGAGCGGCGCUCUCCCAAUCUGUGGGAGUUGCAGGGAGAAGGGAAGAACGGUAGGCAGCAAUCAUGGCGGACAGAGACAGUGGAAGUGAGCAGGGAGGAGCGGCGAUGUGUUCAGGCGGGAGCUCCCUGCACCCGGCAACCGGAGUGGGCAGCUCGGGCUCCGUCCUGCAGCACGAGACCCAGGAGCUCGCCUCCAAGCGGGUCGACAUCCAGAACAAGCGCUUCUACCUGGACGUAAAGCAGAACGCGAAAGGCCGCUUCCUGAAAAUAGCCGAGGUCGGCGCCGGGGGCAACAAGAGCCGCCUGACCCUGUCCAUGUCGGUGGCCGUGGAGUUCCGCGACUACCUGGGCGACUUCAUAGAGCACUAUGCCCAGCUGGGGCCCAGCAACCCGGACAUGGCGCAGGACGAGCCCCGGCGGGCGCUGAAGAGCGAGUUCCUGGUGCGGGAGAACCGAAAGUACUACAUGGACCUCAAGGAGAACCAGCGGGGCCGCUUCCUGAGGAUCCGACAGACCGUGAACCGCGGGCCCGGCCUGGGCUCCACGCAGGGUCAAACCAUCGCACUCCCAGCGCAAGGACUGAUCGAGUUCCGUGAUGCUUUGGCGAAGCUUAUCGACGAUUACGGGGUGGAGGAGGAGCCCGCCGAAUUACCCGAGGGCACCUCCUUGACUGUGGACAACAAACGGUUUUUCUUCGAUGUAGGCUCCAAUAAGUACGGGGUGUUCAUGCGAGUGAGCGAAGUGAAGCCCACUUACCGCAACUCCAUCACCGUCCCGUACAAAGUGUGGGCCAAAUUCGGGCAUACUUUUUGCAAAUACGCCGAGGAGAUGAAGAAGAUCCAGGAGAAGCAGAGAGAAAAACGGGCAUCGGAACAUCAGCAACAGCAAGAAGAGGCCCAUGGAGAUGAUGGGGAUGACGAUUGAUAACUGUGUUAAAAAAAAAAAAAAAAAAAAAGAAUUAAUUAAAAAGAACAACAACACAAAAAAUAAAUUACAAAAAAACUGAACUGUAAAGGAGAAAAAAAAUAUUAAAUAUAUUAAAAAAAACAACAAAAAAACUGUUAACUCCAAGGGAGCACCGCCCACAAAAAAAAAAUAACCUCCACAAAACUGACAGAUUUUUUUGACUUGUCACACCCCAUCGCUGGAUGUUGUCCACUUAUCCACCAUAUAAACAGUAAGCAGCUGCUAAAUAAAACAAAAGUAAUAACAUUAUAUAUGAACUGUGUUUCCUACUUGAUUAAAAUUAUAAAAGAAAUUGAGUGUUUAUUUCCCUAAUUAACCAAGAACUUUUGUACACCUGCUAUUAUUAUUAUUAUUAUUAUUAUUAUUAAAGUGUUUGCAAUUGUAAGAUUAUAAAAUUGCUGAAUUAUAGUAAAGAAAGGAAAAAAAAAAAGGUCCUUUCCAUGUGAGCUAACAUUUGACUUUAGCACAAAAAAGAUAUUUUAGAACACGUAAAUAUUUUUUCUUUUUUUCUUCUCAUUUUGUUACCAAAUUUCAAACCUUACAUGGGGGGGUUGUUAGUAUAUAUGACACCUUAUACACCUGUGAUUUAGAGAUGUGUACAUAUUAUGAGGGCUAGGCAUGCUGUGUGUCUAAGCUUUGUCUAAAUGUGUUAUGCAGAGGUUUGUAGAGUUUUAAGGUACAUAGGUUUAAUUCAUGCAAGGUAAAAUAAGUGCUCUCUUUUUAUAAUAUGCAUUGCAUCUGGACCUAGAGCAUACAUGGUCAGUGAAACUUAUGUGAACAUGAAACAAAUUAUUAAAAAAUACUUUUAAAUGAAA